CGAGGCUCUCACGCCGCCCCCUCCGCCCGGGCUUCCCUCCACCCUCCGCCCGCCCGCCUGCUCGCAGCCGCGCUCUCCCCGCCCCUCACCGCAGCCUGCAGCCGCGCUCACCGCCGCGGUCCGCCCCGGCGCCCCGGGACCCGUUAGUGACCAGCCCGCGGGCCGACCGCGACCCCAGUCGGGCGCGAGCCUGCCCCCAGCCCUGCCGACACUUGACCCAGACCAGUCUCAGCGCCCAGUGCGGCCGCCCAGGGAGCCGCGGGAGAGGCGGCGGCGGGGGGAGGAGGGAGAGGAGGGCCGAGCCGGCGGCCCGGGAGGCCCGGUUUUGAAGCCGCACGAGUUAGGUUUCGCCCAGCGCAAUUUCUUUCUCUAUGUACUUUGCGAAUAAGUUUCGGAGCAUCGGUUAACAGCCUAUGGGUGAAAUUUGGCUUUCAUUCAUGAAUGAGAAAUUAUUCUUGACAGAAGUAUUUUAAAAGAAAAAUCUUUACGAUGGCCUCAGCAGUACUUAGUUCUGUUCCCACUACUGCUUCUCGUUUUGCCCUGUUACAAGUGGAUAGUGGCAGUGGUUCUGAUUCAGAACCUGGAAAAGGUAAAGGUCGAAAUACUGGAAAGUCUCAAACUUUAGGAAGCAAGUCAACUACAAAUGAGAAAAAAAGAGAGAAAAGAAGAAAAAAGAAGGAACAGCAACAGAGUGAAGCAAAUGAGCUCAGGAAUCUUGCUUUUAAGAAAAUUCCCCAGAAAUCCUCCCAUGCUGUUUGUAACGCUCAACAUGAUCUUCCAUUGUCAAACCCAGUACAGAAGGAUUCACGAGAAGAAAAUUGGCAAGAGUGGAGACAAAGAGAUGAGCAGCUGACAUCUGAAAUGUUUGAAGCAGAUCUUGAGAAGGCAUUGUUACUAAGUAAAUUAGAAUAUGAAGAACACAAAAAGGAGUAUGAAAAUGCUGAAAAUACUUCAACUCAGUCCAAAGUUAUGAAUAAAAAAGAUAAAAGAAAGAAUCAUCAGGGAAAAGACAAACCUCUCACAGUAUCACUAAAAGAUUUUCAUUCGGAAGUUCUGGAAGCUGGGAAGUCCAGUAUCAAGAUGCCAGCAUCAGAUCACAUUAGUAAAAAGACUGAGGAAUUGAGUUCUUCUCAGACUUUAUCACAUGAUGGAGGAUUCUUCAAUAGACUGGAAGAUGAUGUUCAUAAAAUUCUUAUUAGAGAAAAACGAAGAGAACAGCUUACAGAAUAUAAUGGAACAGAUAAUUGUACAGCUCAUGAACACAACCAGGAAGUGGUUCUGAAAGACGGAAGAAUUGAAAGACUAAAGUUAGAGCUAGAAAGGAAAGAUGCUGAAAUCCAGAAGCUGAAAAAUGUAAUCACUCAAUGGGAGGCAAAGUAUAAGGAAGUAAAGGCAAGAAAUGCACAAUUAUUGAAAAUGCUUCAGGAAGGUGAAAUGAAAGAUAAGGCAGAAAUACUUCUUCAAGUUGAUGAAUCACAAAGUAUCAAGAAUGAGCUCACUAUUCAGGUGACUUCACUUCAUGCUGCAUUAGAACAAGAAAGAUCUAAAGUGAAAGUAUUACAAGCAGAAUUAGCCAAAUACCAGGGUGGCAGAAAAGGGAAAAGAAACUCUGAAUCCGACCAGUGUAGGUGAUUAAAUUAGCCUUUGAAGUCAACACAAAGUUUAAAACUUUCAGGAUUUUGCAAAAUUGUAUAUAUUUAAUGCCGUGCAACUGCUAAACUAUGCAGUUUUUGUUGAAGGAACUAAAAGCAACUAGCUCACUAAUGGUCUAUAAUUUUAUUUCUUUUGGCUUAAAGUGAAAAAGAAGAAAUAGAGAAUUCCGGCAGAAUUCAGUGGUUAUUGUUUACUAUCCAUACUUCUUAUUACUUUAGUUUUUCAUCAGUCAAUAAAAUUAACUUACUCUUCCACUAA